AUGUCGCUCUGGUCUGACCGACGAGGCAUGUUCCAGAAGGGCAAGGAGGUCCACGAGCCAAGCGUGCCGAGCGAGCGUAGAAACUCAGGCGGCGGCAUCGCAGACGCAGUCAGGAGAGCUUCUGUCAGCUCCGCCAACACUUUGGAGAAGACCGUGACGGGUACUACGAGCAACAGUAGCUCGGACCCUUCAUCACCAACCAGUCAACGGAGAAGGUCCUCCAAUACCGCCCUCUUCGGCAAUCUCACGACCCACAAGCGUGGAAGUGAGGAUUACAGCGAACGUCGUGCCAGCCACAGCGAUCAGAACGCUAGCGGUUUCGUCAGUGGCUGGUACAAUUCGACGUUCAGAGGCCACGUUUCUGGCAAUAAACCCACCGAGGCGACUCAGAAGGACCCGACGAGAGGGGUGAUGGAAUGA